AUGAGCGGCGGGUGGAACACAAUUGAGUCCGAUGCGGGCGUCUUCACGUACCUGCUCGAAAACCUCGGUGUCAAGGGUGUGCAGUUCGAAGAGCUCCUGUCGCUCGAUGCACAAGCCCUCGCCGAGCUGAACCCGGUCUACGGCGUCAUCUUCCUCUUCAAGUUUCCGACCAAUACCCCAUACGUCGGUGACAGCGGCGCACCGCGCGAUGGCAAGUUUGACCAUGCCGCCUCGGAGAACAUAUUCUUUGCCCACCAGACCAUCCAGAACGCCUGCGGCACACAGGCCUUGCUGUCUGUCCUCCUCAACAAAUCGGCCAGCGUCGGCGGCGAUGUCGACAUUGGCCAGCACCUGCGCGACUUUGGCGACUUUGCCAUGGCCCUGCCGCCCGACCUGCGCGGCGAGGCGUUGAGCAACGACGAGCUGAUCCGCGACGUCCACAAUUCUUUUGCCAAGAGCAGCCCCUUUGUCGACGAGACGCAGCGGCCCAACAGCCCGGACGAUGCCGAGGACGUUUUCCACUUUAUUGCCUACACCGCCGUCCAUGGCCGCCUUUACGAACUCGACGGCCUGCAGCCCGCGCCCAUUGACCACGGCGCUUGCGACGAGAACAACGCUGUCGAGUUUGCCGAGCGCGCCCUCGAGGCCGUCCAGCGCCGCAUCGCCCGCUACGGUGCCGACGAGAUCCACUUCAACCUCAUGGCUGCCGUGCGCGACCGCCGGCUGCAGGCGCGCGAACUGGGCGACACGGAACUGCUGGCGCGGGAAGCGCGCAAGCGGCGCGACUGGCAGUUUGAAAAUGCGCUGCGGCGGCACAACUUCGUGGGCUUUGCACAUGAAGUGCUCGAAGGUGUUGUGGAGGGCAAGCUUCGAGAAGGCGAGGCCGAGGGCAAAGGCGACGCAGCCUACCAGACGUGGGUAGGCGAUGCCACGACACGCUUUGAAAGGCGGAUGCAAGACAAGCAGCGAAGACGGAACCCUGGUGGUGACGAUGUACAGAUGGAAGGGUAG